CGCAGGUCGAACUCCAGCAAAAUGAAGUCAUUUUUUCGACUCAUCGUUCCAUUCCUGCUGUCCAAAGCAAGCGCAAUCCCCUACAACGAAUACAUUCUUGCUCCAAGAACAAGAACGCUCUACCCCGUCUCCGUACACAGCUCCAAUGGCUCGGUCUCCAACCCAGAAAGUCUUACCUCUCCCUCCGGAAGUACCGUCUUCGAGGGGGAUGCUGCUACCGCAUACGACUUUGGGAAGAACAUUGCAGGUGUCGUGUCUCUAGAGAUUGGAUCAAUAUCUGGCGAAGUGGGAGAGAUUGGUGUCACGUUCUCUGAGAGCUCCUUGUGGGUGUCGAAUCAAUCGAGCGACGCCACAGCGGACUCGGGGUAUGACGAGACCUUGUGGUUCAAGAUUACUGCACCGGGGAGGUAUACUGCGCCACGGGAAAGGGAAAGAGGAGGCUUCAGGUAUAUGACGUUGGUGCACAAUGCGACUGGGAGCGUCGAAGUCACGUCUGCCCAAGUGCACUUCACGGCAAUGCCCCACUGGGAAGACGAUUCCCUAGCGAACUACACUGGAUACUUCCACAGCAAUGACGAGCUGUUGAAUCGUAUAUGGUAUGCCGGCGCCUAUACAAACCAGCUAUGCACAAUAGACCCGAAAUACGGAAACGCCCUGGUCCAUCUGUUCGGGGAACCGACCUGGCCUCCCGACGCUAGGAACGUGACAUGGUACAGCAACUACACGAUAGCGGGGGGAAGCUCUGCAUUGGUAGACGGUGCAAAGCGAGACAAGAUUGUCUGGGCUGGCGACAUGGCUAUUGCCGUGCCCGCUGUGGUCACAUCCACGAAUGACAUCAUCUCCAUCGAGAACUCUCUAAACUCUCUGUUCGAUUCGCAGAAUGCCAGUACGGGACAACUUCCGUGGGGAGGGAAACCAUUCCCGAGUAUUUUGUCGUUUACGUACCAUUUGUACACUCUCAUUGGAGUCGCUGAUCAUUACCUCUACACGGGGAAUCUGGAUUACGCGUCGUCGAAAUGGGAGCAAUGGAAACUAGCCCUCCGGUUCUCCAUGAGCUUCAUUGACGAAACCGACUUGAUGAACGUCACUUCUAGCCCAGAUUGGCUGCGAUCCGGAAUGGGCGGACACAACAUCGAGGCAAACUCCAUUCUCUACUUCACCAUCAACCAAGGCAUAGCCCUAGCCGAAGCCCUCAACGACACAGCCCCAAUCCCGUCCUGGAAACUCGCCGCCGAGAAAGUAAAAACCGCCGCAAACAAGCUCCUCUGGAACGACACCCUGGGAAUGUACACCGACAACGAAACCACAACACUAACCCCACAAGACGGAAACUCGUGGGCCGUCGUGGCAAACCUCACCGCAAACGCCACGCAAACCUCAUCCAUCAGCUCCAAGCUCACUUCGCGAUGGACGCCGUACGGCGCGCCGGCGCCCGAAGCCGCCGAUGCCAUUUCGCCGUUCAUCUCGGGGUUCGAGCUGCAGGCGCACUUUUUGACGGGGGAUACGAGAGCCGGGCUUGAGCUGAUGAGGUUGCAAUGGGGGUUUAUGAUGGAUGAUCCGCGCAUGACCAACUCGACGUUUAUUGAAGGGUACUCGACGUCCGGGGCGCUGCAUUAUGCGCCGUAUCCCAACGACGCGAGGAUCUCGCAUGCGCAUGGAUGGGCGGCGGGUCCGACAUCGUCACUUACCUUCUAUGUGGCGGGGAUCCAGCUGUUGAGUGCUGGAGGGAAGACGUGGAGGAUUGCGCCGUCGCUUGGGGAUUUGGAGUUUGUGGAAGCAGGGUUCAGUACGACGGUUGGGUCUUUUGCGGCGAAGGUGGAGAUGGAGGAGGGUGGCGGUUGGAGUUUGGAGUUUGAGACCCCGGUUGGUACGGUUGGGGAAGUGGUCUUGCCUGUGACUGCUUCCGCUGGAAGUAUCGUGAUGAGGGAUGUUGGGGGAGUUGAAGAGGAUGUUGAGAUUAAGGUUGCGGGAGCAGAUGAUGGGCCUGCUGUUGUUGCGGAUGUAUCUGGCGGGAAAUGGAUGGCGACGUUCAAGUGUGGAUAG